GCAAAUGCAUCAUAGUACUUGACGUAUUCAGGGCGUGAUUAGUUGCCCGAAGCGAAACAGCGAGCACACGUGAGUGAAAAUCUCGACAUCUGAUUGGUCAGACAAACGCCCUCUCGCUCUGAUUGGUGGUUUUGCUUAUUUUCCAAUGACGCACAAUGAAAACACUGCGCGAGACAGUUUUUCCCCCGACCUUUUUCUCGGCUAUAUUGUAAUAUUUUGUAUUUAUUUCAACUUGCGGUAUUUCAAUCAUCACUAUUUUUUUUCCUGCUUUGAGAUAUCUGGUGAUACAAAUAGUGGGAAAACCGACAGCACCAAUAUGACAUAUCUCUUUUAGCCAUAAGAUGGUGCUGUUUCCCAAUUUAUUGUCACGACGCAGCCAUUUGCCCACAUUUUAGUUUAUGCCAAGUACCAACUAAAAAAUACUUAGCUCUACAAGUACCAAAAUCAUGGCCAUCAUUAAGUGUCUCAGAAGGCCUAAGUCUUCACCAAAAACGAGUCAGAAGAUUUAUUCCUAGGAAGUAUAUUUAAUAUUUUUGUAAGACAAGUUUGAACAUUAACACUGCGCUGAAUAAAAUAUUUUUUUUUAAAUUAUUAUUAUUUAGCUAAUGAUUCAAUUAAAAUGUCCUGCACAUAAAAUCUAAAUUGUAAUUAAAUACAAAAAGACGAAACAAGUUAUUAAUGAUACGACUCAACUGUAUUUAGGCAGUGAUUCUUUCAUUAAAAAAAUAAAAAAAUAAAUAAAAAGACUCGGGCAAAAGUAGGAGUACUGAUUCAACUCCUUUACCUUGGUAAAAAGUACAAACUCUGAAAUUUACUUCAGUAAAAAAAAAAAAAAAAAGUAUUAUGAUGGAAAAAGUAACAAGUCCCUUUUGACAAAGCAACGAGUAGAAAGUAGACAUUUCUGUUUUCAAAUGAAACGCUGGCAUCGUUAAUCUCUUAUGUCCAAAUUUGGUCAAUUUAAUAUUUUUUUCCACAAAUCGAUACGAUUUACAAAUGAUUGCCGUCUUUCUAGUAUUAAUGACUCAACAAACAUGGCCUUUUGUUUUUGGUUUCUUGAAAAGUGGUAGAUUUGGAGAUGCCAGCUUUCCACCUAAAAGUCAGAAGUCAUCAGAAAAAUAAGUACUCCAAUUCUGUACAGAUACCUGAAAAUCCUAUUUAAGUACAAUAAAUAUGUAUUUAUCCUUCAUCAAUUCCCACCACUGUCAAGUAGUCAUUGGAUAACCAUUGAUAACUAGCCAUGGUGCUGUAAUAUCUUAAAAAAGAAGGACUUUUAUGACCGAGAAAAAGGACACAGGAUCUUGUCAGGACAGCUCACCGCAUCAGGCAUCCUUGUUAAUUAAACAUGAGCCGAGGGGGGGGGGCACCGUGCAUUUCUGAUUGGACUAGACAAGGGGAGAGCCACAAAAGGCUGCCGCAUAGUCCUGAAGCGUGAGUGGACUUUCUCCUUUAAAUCACUUUCUAUUCUAACUGUCAAAGUCUGGAUGAGGGAGGGAAGGCUUGCGGCACCCGCGGCAUGGCUCACCCCCGCAGGGAGAUGACGAACGGGGGCGGGCGCCCCCACGUCCACAACGGGGGGCAGGCCGGGGGGUCCCACUGCUACAUGCUGAAGGGGCAACAACAUGGACACCGACGGAGGUCGUCCUCGCCCACGGGCCGAGUUAUCCUCAUCGAUGCUCCUGUACAGGGUGGAGAUGACAGUGAAGACAUCCGCACGGUGACGGUGGACAAGACUGCGGACGGCCGUCUGGGUUUUAGCGUCAGGGGCGGCUCUGAACACGGACUGGGGGUUUUUGUCAGCAGGGUGGACGACCACGGCUCAGCAGCUCAGGCCGGGCUGGCCGUGGGCGACAAGCUUGUGGAGGUGAACGGCGUGAGCCUGGAGAGCAUCACCAUGGGCGGCGCCGUCAAGGUCCUGACGGGAAACGGCCGUCUCAGGAUGGUAGUGAGGCGCGUGGGCAAGAUCCCCGGCAUACGCUACUCCAAGGAGGAGACCACCUGGGUGGACCUGAUUCACAGGAGGACGGUGGUGGAGGAGGGCGGACACACUCCGUCGGAGGACAGCGCCCUCCGCAGGAUAGUGCAUCUGUUCACCAUCCGAGGAGGACGAGAGUUUGGACUGGGAAUUUACGUCUCGAAGUUGGACCCGGGCGGGCCGGCAGAGCAGCACGGCAUCAAAAUGGGGGAUCAGAUCCUGGCGGCCAACGGGGUCAGCUUCGAUGACAUCACACACAGCAACGCCGUGGAGGUCCUGAAGAGCCACACGCCCGUCAUGUUAACCAUCAGGGAAGCUGGAAGAUACCCCGCAUAUAAGGAGAUGGUGGCGGAGUACGGCUGGCUGGACAAAUUUUCCAAUGGGUCCGCGUUGGCGGCGGGUUCCUCCCAGGGCUCCGAAUCUCAUUCGUCUGUGUCGUCGUUGUCAUCCAGUACCCCCGUGAGCUCCCUCAGCGCUCUCUCCCAGCUCAUGUUCCCCCCUCCCGUCUUUGACGGGGAAGGACGGCACCGAGGUCGCGAGACCGAGGUCCUCAUGGCCCUCAGUAGGCCUCGCAAGCCCAUCAGACGUUCCCAGAGUCACAUCACCGUGUCAGAGGAGCAGCAGCAGCAGCAGAAGCAAGCAGAGAAGGAGAGACGCAGCCCAAGAGACAAACCCAAGCUGCGGCGCUCCAAAACGUUUGUCAACCUGUUUUUCAGGAAAGAUUGCAAGGAGAGGAGCCCGUCCAGAGAUGUUCUAAUGUAUCCCACCUCCGGUUUAGGAAAAGGUCACGUUGGGCCGACCCCCCCCCCCGGGGAGUCCCGCGCGGGACCGACGGGAGACCCGACGUCCCUGCGGCGCCUGGAGGACAUGUCCGACAAGCUGCUCGGCCGGGACGAGGUGGCCGCUGUCAGCGGGUUAGACACACGCUUGAGUGCGCAAUCUUUUUUAAGUGAGAAGGUUGUGGAGGAUCUGGUGCGCCCCCUCUUGGUCAUCUUGGACCGGCCAGAGAAGAUUCUACUUCUCAGAGAAAUAAGGUUGCUGAUUCCUCCAAGUGAGUUGAGUCAUUUCGAGAGCUUGGUGACGCCUUUUGAAGAGCACGCCUACAAUCUGCUCAAAAGUCGAGCUGCUGGUAAGAAAUUACCUAAAAAAAAAAAAAAAAAGCCUGACUCCAUCUUGAGGAGUCACCUGCGGGACUUUGCUGACGUCAGCGUACGCGUUCCCUCGCCCCGACGCACCAGGAGCCCCGUGAAGGAUGUUUUUGAGACCCCCCCCCCGCAGUCACGCUCGCACUCGGCACAAGACUACCGCGUCUCCACGUUGACCGUCUCCAAAAAAGCCAAACAGUCGCUGGGUAUUAGCGUGUCUGGAGGGCUCGAGUCCAGAGUCCAGCCAGUCAUCAAGAUUGAGAAGGUCUUCCCUGGAGGAGCCGCGUCAAUGAAUCCUGAUCUCAAGGCCGGCUACGAACUGCUGCGCGUGGACGGCGAGAGCCUGCAGGGCGUCACCCACCAGCACGCCAUCGACGUCAUUCGCCGUGCCUUCAGCAACAAGACCGAAGACCCCAUGGUGCUAGUGGUCAAGGUCCCGAAGGAGACCCUCAAGGACCCUGCUUACUAACAAUAAUGGGCUUCAUUUAUGAAGAAAUGCUAAAUUUAUGUUUUGUUUUUUUUAAAUAUUAAAUGCCACAUAAACUGA